AUGCACAGAACAUACUCUUUGAGAAACUCCAGAGCUCCUACCGCCUCUCAGCUUCAAAACCCUCCCCCACCUCCUUCCACGACUAAGAACCGGUUUUUCGGUAAGGGUGGUUUGGCAUACUCCUUCCGUAAGAACGCCGCGGGUGCUUUCGGCCCUGAGUUGUCGAGAAAGCUUUCGCAACUAGUCAAGAUUGAGAAGAACGUGCUGCGUUCCAUUGAGGUUGCGGCCAACGAGCGUCGCGACGCUGCCAAGCAACUAUCUCUCUGGGGGUUGGAGAACGACGAUGACGUGUCCGACAUCACCGAUAAGCUAGGUGUGUUGAUCUACGAAAUGAGUGAGCUCGACGACCAGUUCAUCGACCGUUACGACCAGUACCGUUUGACCCUCAAGUCGGUCCGUGAUAUCGAGGGCUCUGUCGAGCCUUCGCGUGAACGUAAGGCAAAGAUCACCGAUAAGAUCGCAUAUCUCAAGUACAAGGAUCCUCAAUCUCCUAAGAUUGAGAUCCUCGAGCAGGAGCUUGUGCGUGCUGAGGCCGAGUCCUUGGUUGCCGAAGCUCAAUUGUCUAACAUCACCCGCUCCAAGCUAAGGGCCGCUUUCAACUACCAAUUCGACUCUGUCAUCGAACAUUCCGAGAAAUUGGCACUUAUUGCCGGCUAUGGUAAGGCUUUGUUGGAAUUACUAGACGACUCACCAGUCACUCCAGGUGAAACCAGACCUGCGUACGACGGUUACGAAGCUUCUAAGCAAAUCAUCAUCGACGCCGAAAAUGCCUUGAACGAGUGGACUUUGGACACCGCUCAAGUCAAGCCUUCCUUGAGCAUGAGACACGCUGACUACGAGGACUACGAGCAAGAGGAAGAAGAAGCCGAACCGGAAGCUGCGGAACACCAAUGGGUUGACGAGGAAGAAGAAACUCAACCGGUUGUUGCUUAA